AUGGCUGCUACUCGCCGCGUCGCCUACGUUUUCGCAGCGUCCUUUGUAGUCUUCGCUUCGGCUUGUACGUACUGCAACGCAGAAGAAGACCUGGCGCGCCAGGCCAGGAUGACUCUUUGCGAACUGGCCACGUCCUUCGACUACCCCUGCGAAAUCAGCCAUGUAACCACAGAGGACGGCUACUUACUGGAGCUGGACAGGGUGCAAAGGGGACGCGAGCACACUGCAACUGGAGCAAAGGAAAGCAAUGGGACCCGCGGCUAUCCCGUGUUAUUUCUUCCAGCGUGCACCACCACCUCAGACAUAUGGCUACUGAACUACCCAUCGCAAGCGCCUGGCUUCCUGUACGCCGACGCGGGCUUUGACGCGUGGUUUUUACAUACGAGGGAAACUGAACGGUACGCGAAUCACACUGAUCUCUCCAAGAACGACCCAGAGUACUGGAAAUUCAGCUUCGAGGAGAUCGGCCGUUACGACGUGGCGGCGGGCAUCGACCACGUGCUCAACGCUACCGGUGCGCCCAAGCUGACCGUGAUCACCUACUCUCAGGGGGCGAUGGACAUGCUGGCGCUGCUCUCCAUGCGGCCAGAGUAUAACGACAAGGUCGACCUUGUCGUUGCCUACGGUCCUGGAGGCAACACUUCCCGCAUGGGGCCUCCGAUGUCCCUCGUAAUGCCCUUUACUCCAUUAAUUACCGCAUUUGUGUACCCCUUCUCGAAGGCUGGCUACGUGGGAACGUCUGAUGGCCUUUCGGAGCUUCUCGCGGAACUUUGCAAGAUUUUCAACGGCAAAGCAUGCGCUUUGGGCUUCUUGACAACUCUAUAUGCCAGCCCGUAUCAGUUGAACGCGACACGACUGCCUGUGUACGUCGGCCACGUGCCCGUGGGAUCAACACUUCAGAAUAUGAAUCAUUACUAUCAGAUAUACCGUGCCAAAGACUUUGUCAUGUAUGACCACGGCGCCAAGGAGAACCGCAAGCGGUACGGUCAGACCAAACCUCCGGCCUAUCCAUUGGAAUGCAUCACAGCUCGAUGGGCAAUCUUCUCGUCAGAGGGCGACCAACUUGCCAAUCCACGUGUCGUCGGAGACCUGGUUGCUAGACUUGGACCAAGAGUGAUCCUGCAUCGGGUGGUUCCACAAAGGACCCUGCGUCACUUGGACUUCGUACUCGGGUACAGGGCAACGGAUUUCCUACACAACGUUGCCAUUGACACUAUCAAGCAAAACGUCGAUCGAAGCCCGUCGAAGAGCUUUUAGUGGGCUUUUAAAGAAAGAGCGCAAUUUUUUUACGGACAAGCGCGACAGAUAACAAAAGGUAAAGCUUGUCUUGCCUUCGUGUUUCGCACAAAAGCUUCGCGCCUAUUAUUUUGAUUUGAUUAUAUUCGACCAAAUGCAAAUGCCGCAGGAAGUAGUGAUGCUCAAGCAGUAAAUAGUAGAGUGCUAAAUAAAGAUUUCAUUCA